AUGGCGAAGGAGCAGUCUACGAAGCUGCGGAGCAGCCUACGAAGCGGCAGGGCAUCUUGCAGAGCGGCGAAGCAGCCUACAGAGCGGCGAAGCAGCCUACAGAGCGGCGAAGCAGCCUACAGAGCGGCGAAGCAGCCUACAGAGCGGCGAAGCAGCCUACAGAGCGGCGAAGCAGCCUACAGAGCGGCGAAGCAGCCUACAGAGCGGGGGAGCAGCCUACAGAGCGGGGGAGCAGCCUUCAAAGGAGCAGCCUACGAAGCGGACUUGAACGCACCGUUGAAGCAUCUGGGAGAGAGGGAUGGAGCAGUGGAGGGGAGCAGCCGCCGUCUGAUGCAGCAGCCGCCUGAUGCAGUUAAAGGGAGAAGCCGCCUGGUGCAGGGGAGAAGCCGGACAAGGGAGAAGCCGCCUGGUGCAGAGAAGGGAGAAACCGCCUCUGGUGCAGACAAGGGAGAAACCGCCUCCUGGUGCAAAGACGGGGAGAAGCCGCCUCCUGGUGCAGAGAAGGGGAGAAGCCGCCUCCUGGUGCAGAGAAGGGGAGAGCUGCCGCCUGGUGCAGAGAAGGGGAGAGCUGCCGCCUGGUGCAGUUAUUAG